GCCUCACAUGCCGCUGCACAGUGCGCGCCUGCAGACCUAACUGGACCCCAUCCCAGUCCGGCCAAAGGCCCCGACUCCCUCCCCCGGGAGCCGGGGAGCGGCCGAAGCAGAUACCCGAGGCCUCCGCGUGAUCCCUGGCCCUGCUGACCCUCAACUGCCCUGGGGUCACAUUUCUUUAUGUACGUGAAAAGUGGCGAGCCAGCGAAAGGACACACUCCCUCGGGCCUUGACUUCUCCUUUUGCCCAACUUCGGGUCCGCUAGGACCCAGUUAGUUUCAUCAGAAGGAAGGAAAGGGUUAGACGGACUAAAUGCUUAAAAAUGUAUGACUUGGGGGGAAAACGUAGAUAAAGCCGGAGGAAACCACAAACCCUUCCAAUUUGAGUGAAAACUCCUGCCCCAGGGCCCCAUCUCAGCCUCUCUUCACACAAAGGACCUGUUGUAUAAAUGCCUUUCAGCUUAGAAAUCAGUGUAUUCUUGCAAAAUUCCUGAUGCCAUUAACAUCGUGAAACCAAAACCGAGGACUUUGUUUCUUCAUAGUUUUUCCCAGUGAAAGGAAACACUGGACAGUCUGUCCUGGAGGAGUUUUCUUAAGACGAGGACUUUAGGGUUUGCUCUUCUGAGAAGGGAAACAAACCAAGAGUCAUUGAUGUCAGAUGUCCUAAGAAAGAAUUCUGUGAUGAAUCCCUUUUUAUGAGCCAUUCAGUACACAUGCAUGUUGCUUAGGUAUUUAUUAGAGCCUAAGGCUGAUAGAGAGAAGGUGGUAAUGAAGCUCAAGAAACUGGAAUCUAGUGUGAGCACUGGCCGUAAAUGGUUCAGACUAGGUAACGUGGUACACGCUGUCCAGGCAACUAAACAGAGCGUUCAUGUGUCUGAACUUGUUCCCCGAUUCUGCCUAACAAUAGCCAACCUGAACCGUGUGAUUUACUUUGUCUGUGACACUAUCCUUUGGGUGAGGAGUGUAGGACUCAUUUCUGACAUCAACAAGGAGAAAUGGCGAAAGUUGGCUGCACGUCAUUACUACUAUUCACUCCUGCUGAACAUCAUCAGAGAUGUGUAUGAGAUCUCCCUACAAAUGGAGCACGUUGCACAGGAAAAGGCAAAAAGAGAGAAAUCAAUGCCCCAGAACCACCUCGGACCUUGUGUAGCUGAUGAAGAAACAGAGUGGCUCCAGUCCUUUCUCCUUCUCUUGUUUCGAUCUCUGAGGAAGCAUCCCCCCUUGCUAUUGGACACAGUGAAGAACCUGUGUGAUAUCCUGAAUCCUUUGGACCAACUUGAUAUUUAUAAGUCUAAUUCUGGGGUCAUUGGACUUGGAGGCCUCCUAUCCUCCAUAAUAGGCAUGAUAACAGUGGCUUAUCCACAGAUGAAACUAAGGACUUGAAGUUCUGUCGUGUUGGGUACUAAUACCUGUUUGAAAAGGUGACCCUCUCAGUGGGAUGGGCAUUUUGCCUAUGACUGAGAAAAUGUCACAUUCAUUGUGUUUAAACUGGUUUUUCACAAAAGUGUUCAAUUCCCUAUGCUUAUGUGGGUACACAGACUAUAUAUGUAUUCCUCUGUCCCUUUCCCCACAGCACUAAAAGAAAAUAAGUUCAGAGGCAGUCUCUGAACCUACCUUGAAGGGUUGUUGUGAGGAUCCAACGAGAUAAUAUUUG